AGUCAGCGACAUGACAUGUUCAUCAUUUUCUUACAACCACAUAAGAACCUCUAACAACACAAGAACCUCAAACUGUUCUUCAUUUUCUUUUGAUUCUCGCCAUUUUUCUAAAGAAAGUAAUCUACUGUUUGUGUAAGGGAUGAAGCAAUCGUCAUGGGGUUGCACAAUCUUCAUCCAAUUAUCUCUCUGUCUCAUCGUCUAUGUGUCUCUGCAUUUGGGUCACCAAUCUUUGUCAUCAAACAAAGAUGGUGACAAUGCCGGAGCUCUAGAUCUCCAUUUCAUCUCUGUCUCCGGUGGUUUCAGGCCUCCUCACCGGCAAACUCGCCUUCUCAAAUUGAUGGAGAGAGUUGCGGAAACUUACAAGGCUAAAUUUGUGGUGAGCACAAGUGAGCAUGGAGAAGAAAAUCUACUCCUCCUAAAUGAUACUAGAGUCUCAUCUUCACUGAAACUUCCAUGGUACAGUAUGAAGAAAGGAUCUGAGAGUUUCAGAGAGCACAUCGAGUUGCCUUUUGGUGGAUCCUUGGAUGUUGUUUUUGUAGACACUGGCUCGUUACAGAAGCAAAUGAUGAGUGGAGCACUGAAUGGCUCGAUAAUCAGUCAAUUAAAUGAACUUACAGAGAUCCUAAAAGCAGUAGAUGGAGAUUGGCGCAUUGUUGUUGGAUCAGACCCGUUGUUCGGUUAUACACUAAGUAAUGGUCCGGAGGAAGCCAAGGGAGUUGCAAGGACAUUUCAGCAAAUCACCAUCAAAUAUGGAGUGAACAUGUAUAUAAGCGAAAAAGGCUGCACCAGCGGAGCCAAGGAUGACAGCUUCAGUUGCAUUAUGGUUCCUAAUAAAUUAGAGAACAAAGGUUCAACGAAUGAUAGUAAGAGGGAAAUGGAAGAUGGGUUUCUUCUCCACAGAGUUAGCUUCUCAGAGUUUGUUACUUAUACUAUCAACUUAUCAGGACAAGUCAUAGACACAAGAAUCAUUAAGCAGAAAGGCAAAGAGUCCAUCUAAGAUUUUUCAUAAUUUUUUACCCUUCACCAUUGUUGUAAAAACAGUGUAAACACCAACAAUUUUUUAUUCAUCCUCUAAUGAUCGAAACACCCUUUCAC